CUCCUCAAGCACCCUCACCACCAACUGUGUUUACCUAUUUCUACUGUCCCUUUGAUCAUACAUUCUCUCUGGCCGGUUUUCACUAAAAAGAACGAAAUGGUAGCCAUCGCGAAAGCCCUUUGGCUGGCUUCAACUGCCACCGUUACCACUGCUACUCCUAUCGUUCGGCGCGAUGUCAUUACCGUUCAGAAUGACAUUACACAGAAGUUGGGCCCGGGUUGGUUUACCCUUAACCAGGACUUGAAUGGUUUCCCAAGCAGCGGCUUUGCUGGAGCAAUUACCAUCCGAGACGAUAUUGCAAAUCUAGUUACUAUUUUGGAGACUACAGUUUCUGAUAUCAAGUCUACUGGCUCAUUCGGGACAGUGGCUGGCACAACCAUCCUUGCCGACAUUCAGUUACAAGUGCCCACAAUGCUGGCUUCAUUAGUAACUAUAGGGGCCCAGGAACGCGAUUGGGAGGCUAUGCAGGGUGCAUCUUGGAUUCUAACUCAACUGGAGUCAAUGAACAUCGCUACAUCAAAUUUUAUGGAUGCUGUUAUAGCAGCUGAGCCUCUUCUUCUGAAGCCUGGUGGUCUUGCGUUGAAGGCGGAGAUGACAGGUGCUUUUGACACUUCAAUAGCUUACUACGGCGCAUCGCAAUAGCUGCACGCCUACUCCUUUCGAUAGAAUGGUUAGGGUGUUUGGCAUUGGAUUGAGUGAGGACUAUGGAAAGGAUGCGGCACGAGGCAGCAAGUGAGUUGGAAAACAUAAAAUUGAAGCUUGAAUUAGUGGUAGGAUGCCGGAUAAAGAACAAGUUAAGGGUAUGAAACAUUGGAUCUUAUGGGCAUAACCAAGGAAUAAAGUCAAAUUCACGAUACAGAUACCAAAAAUAGCCCCAUAUUCAUCGUAUGGCUGUCUC